AGUGCCGUUUGUUCUGCAGAGCGGCCGUCCUCCUCUCAAAGUGCGUCGCCCACCUUUCUCUCACCUUGUCACUCCGUCUGCCUCUCUCUCUCUCAACACAAACACACUUCAGUUUCCUCUUCAGAGAUUUUCCCUCUCGAAGCGUCCAACAGGAUUUUUCCCACUUCUCCAAAAAAAAAAAAAUCCUAAAUAGAAAAAGGCCAGAAGGCACUGCGAGUCCGUCGGCAUGCGGUGUGUGAGCUGGUUGCUGCUGGGGACCUGCCUCUUGGUCCUGGGCUCCGCGGUGCGGGGCGCCCCGGGCCAGUGCCCCGGCAGGUGCCACUGCCACGGCGACCUACAGCACGUCAUCUGUGACGGCGUCGGGCUGAAGAAGAUCCCCCGGGUGUCGGAGGUCACCCGCCUGCUCAACCUGCAGAGGAACAACCUGGGCGCCAUUCCCACGGGGGCGUUCGUCGAAAGCAAGGGGCUCAUCUCGCUGCACAUGCAGCACUGUCAGCUCCGAGAGAUCGGAUCCCAGGCCUUCAAGGGGCUGAAGAAGCUCAUCUACCUCUACCUGUCCCACAACGACAUCACCAGCAUCAAGCCCGGCGCCUUCGACGACCUGACCGAGCUCACCUACCUCUACCUGGACGGGAACCAGAUCGGCGAGCUCGCCAGGGGCAUCUUCUCGCCCAUGAUCAACCUCUUCAUCCUGCAGCUCAACGACAACAAGCUCCGGGAGCUGCGAUCGGGGACCUUCGCGGGCGCCAAGGCUCUGCGCUGGCUGCACAUGAGCGGCAACGAGCUGACGACGCUGCAGCCGGGCUCCCUGGACGACGUGGAGAACCUCGCCGUACUCCACCUGGAUCGGAACAGGAUGUCCAGCUACCCCAUCGCGGCCAUGAGCAAACUGCGGGUGGUGGAGGAGCUCGCGCUGGGGAAGAACCCCAUGAGGACCAUCCCCGACGUCGCCUUCCAGAGCUUCGGGCGCUACAUGGAGAAGCUACAGCUGGACGGCAUGGGUCUGGAGAAGCUGUCCGACGGUGCGUUCGCCGGUGUGACGGCGGUCAAGUCCCUUAACCUGGACAACAACAAGCUGAGGUCUCUCCCCAAAAGCUUCAACUUCGGCACCGUCACCAACCUCACCCUCUCCAACAACCCCUGGAGCUGCUCGUGCCAGCUAGCUCCACUGCGCAGAUGGAUGGACUCCAGUCGCAUUCGUCCCGACGCUGUGUGCGCAUCUCCGCCUCAGCAGAAAGGAAAGCAAGUGAGAGACAGCUCCGCCUUCGUUGGCUGCAGAGUCAAGACCAAGAGAGCCAAAAAGAAAACCCGCCAUUGAAGGAGACGCCGAGGGCAGGAGCCUGUCCAAGUGACCGGCUGCACAACGCCGACUCAUUCUACUUCAACACCGUCCAUCUAUCCAUCUGCCAAAUGAUGUCACCACUUUAAAAACACAUUUGCAUCUCUGUCUCCCAAAACACAGAGAGCUUCAUGCAGCCGAGAUUGAACUUUUCUUUGAUUGUAAUCCGUUUAAAUCAAAAGAUAUUCAGGUAACCACCAAAAUACAGGAUGCAUUCGACUAAAUUAGGGCACGCGUGGUCUUUUCGGUGCAUUCAGGGUCUUCGGGAAAACAAACAGAUGUCGGAAUGUUAUGGGGAUGAUGUUCAAUAAAGUUUCAACGUUUUGAUUAGCAUGAAGGUAAUAACUCGAAACCAGGCGAGCUUAAAGAAAAUGUUCGACCCUCUCACCGUCGUACAGAGUUAGAUGAAGAGGUUAGCUUAGCUUAGCAUAAUGGCUAGAAACGGAGGGAAACAGCUAGCCUUGCUCUGUGCCAUCGGCACAUUAAAAGCUCACUAAUUAACAUGUAAAAUCUUGUAUGUUAACACUCAGAGAAUAAUGAGUACAGCUUUAAUAUGCUGGACAUGAAGCCUCCUUUAUUUUGGUUUUUACCUGAACAAUGGAAAAAUAAAGAGGCAGAGAAAUGCAAAUGGCAUUAUUAAAACAUCCUCCAACUUGCAUCGACACUCGUUUAUCCUCUCUUCUACUUUGUGUUUUCUACUUCAUCCAUUGAAGAAGACCCGUUUCUCCGAGAAGUAUUAAAGACAAUAAGACUGGAGAUGUGGGCAGGCUUAAUAGGCAAAUACAAUUUACAUUUAUCUUUCUUUUAGUGCCAUUUUCUCUGCAUGAAGGAAUUUUUUUGCAUCUCUGAAAGAAGAAGUUAAUCUUUUACUAGAUUAAUACGUUGUGUUAUUACGUGUUUACUUUAACGCAAAAUCUUUGUAACAUACUAAACAUUUUUAAAAUUGUAAAGAAAGAGUGAAAUGUCUUGCACAUCAGCUGAAAGAGCGUACAGCCCGUUAUUCAAAUCUAUUGUAUAUUCAAUAUAUUUACAUUUCCUUCACUUUUAGACGGUUGCAACAGCCAAUAAACCUUUGACAAAAUAAAAGACUUUCUUUUUUAUCCCACAUAUAUACUUUCUUUGCUUUGCUUCACGACUGACUGCAUAUUCAUGCUGUUGAAUCUAACGGACGUUUCUCUGAGGAUGCGUCUCCCCCUGGUGUUUGGAAGCGGAAGUGCAUCAUAUUAAAAAGUAAAUUCAUGA